AUGAAAAAGGCAGGCCAGCAGAACCGGGUAGCCAUCCCUCUGCCAUUCGCGAGGAAGAACAACUCUACCAGGCCAACGCCGACCCGCUCGGCCUCUCCUGCUAUUACCCCGAUCAAUUCCAGUGGUGCUUCAGCCAAGGCGCAGAGCGACGAUGGUGCUGAGCCGGCAGUUGCAGAAGUAGCAGGCACAGCUCCAGCGCCCACCAGGCUCCUCACAGCCGAAGAGCCUCAUCAUCGGCAUUCUGUUCAAACUCCUGUCUCGUCUGACACCAGCUCGCUUCCUCUCACCAACCGCGCAACACCCAAUGCCCUGCUGAAUGGUGUGUCCAGUCAGUCUGCCGCCACGACAAACGCCAUGCCCGACAAUUUCAGUCCUCCGCCCAGCGCCGGCCCAGACUCCACCCGCACGCCCUCCGACACAUUCGACAUGCGCCACAUCAGGACUGAGCUUCCACCACCCUUCGUGCCUUCGGCUGGACAGCAUACACCUCAAUCCGCUUUAUCCCCCCACUCACACCCCCGUCAGCAGCCGCCACGUCUUCCUCAUGCACACCCGAACAACCUGAGCAGCAGCGGCAUAGUCUUUGGUGGCAUCGACUCUGUGAACUCUUCACCGGGGCCACCGCCAAAUCUUUCAUCGCCCUUCGCACCUCCACAGUAUCCGCCUCCGACUCCGUAUAGUCACGCGCAUCACGCCUCGGAGCCACAUCCUCCACGCAUGUCCCAGUCUGGCUUCUAUCAGCAACCACCGUCGUGGGGCAUGAGGCAAGCUUUCGCUCCAGCACAAUCCGCCUACCAUCCACACGCACAUAUGCCUGCACGGCCUGCGCCUAGAGAGGGCCAGAGACAAGGCAGCGGAAGUCGACCUAAUGGAAGUGGCACUCGCUCUCGCUCUGACUCGCAGUCUUCUGCAUUAGCGCAGACCGCGCACAGAGAGCUUCAGUCGCCCGUCGGUCUUGACCAACCCAUCGAUAGCUCCAGGGCCAUGUUUCACGACCCAAGACCUACCUUUCCACCGCCUCCGCGACAAUUCCCUCCACACACUCCGCAUGGAUCACAGCAUUUCCCGCACCCAGACGUUGCCACCACUUUCGACAACGCCGAAGCUAUGCGUAGCCACGUCUUUUCCAACUUCGAAAAUGCCGAAUUCGCCGACUGUCACCUUCACAUCACGGAGGAGAAUGGCCCCGACGGGCAAGGCAUCGAUGGGCACACGAUAGUCUUGGCGCGUAGUCCAAGACUCCUAGACAUUAUUCGCAAGAGCGCGUCGCUGGAAAAUGGCUUGGAAAAGACACAGCUUCGCAUCGUGCUGCCGGGUCGUCACACUCGUGUCAGCGCGUUCAUUGAAGCGCUUCGCUACCUCUACGGCGGCCCUCUCCCACCUUUCGAGCACUACGCUCUGGGACCUCAGGCCUCAGCCGAAGACAGGCUGCAACAAGCCUUGCAAUAUAUCGCGACGGGCGCAUGGCUAAAACUCACACCCUUUGCCCAUCGAGGCGUCGAGAUCGCGUCGAAUCUACUGCAAUGGACCACUGUCACGACGGUGCUCGAAUUUGUUUUGUUGGGAGGUUUGAGCCAAACAUGGACUGUCGACGACGGAAGCGAGGAGCGAACAAGCACUUGUUCCAGCGACGAUUCGCUGACGAAGCCGGAGGCCGGUGGACAGCCUGCUUAUGACCCAUAUGCUACAGCUCUCCUCACAAGGGUACUCGACUUCAUGGCACACAAUUUCCCGCCUAACUUCUACCUUGACUCAGCAGCUCCGCAGUCUACUGCUUGCCCGCGCCUGCCGGCACAAGCGGCGAAGCACGAGAGCAGACCUUCCCGCUCAGAUCCACGCCUGAGCAAAAUCCGCUUCGGAGAGCACCCGGUCGAGGAUCACUCUCGACCUUCGACCGGUACAACCACCCUUUCCAGCAUUCUGCUCUCUCUUCCAUUUCCACUUCUUAAGUAUCUGCUGGAGCAUCCUGUGCUUCCAGGGCGUCUUGGAGCAGAGACAGUGGCUAGCAUCAUGCGUCAGGUGGUUCAUGAGCGUGAGAUUCGUCGGCAAAGAACACUGAAGGGUCGGGCUGCCAACCAGAACACGGAAGAUAGUGAGCCUCACCUGGUGCAAAAUCUUUACUGGGAAGAGUCUGUUGAGUUUUCGAGCCUGCCACUGCACCAAGCUGGCUUCCGCCUCGCACGGAGACGUCGAGGCAUUGCCACGCCUCCCACGCAUUCUGGCGUUGAAAACGAGCAGACCAAAUGA